AUGACCGAGAGCGCGGUGAACAAGGAGGCGAACGGAGACGCGUGUCAGCACCGGGCGGUGAACGGAGUGAAGCCGGGGAGAAGCAGCGCACUGAAGGGACAUCACUGUCACCAGGAACCGCAGAGAUCCGGCAAGCUUCAUCAGACCGAGUGUAAUGGAGGUUUAUACAGCAAGCCGUUCAUCGAGUCGUUCGACGAGACUCCGAUGCUGGUGGCCGUGCUCACGUACAUGGGCUACGGCAUCCUCACCAUCUUUGGCUACCUGAGGGACUUCCUCCGCCAGUCGAAGAUCGAAAAAUGUCACAUAGCUAGAGAAAGAGAGGAGCAAAAGGAUUUUGUCCCACUUUAUCAAGACUUUGAGAAUUUUUACAACCGAAAUUUAUACAUGAGGAUCCGGGACAACUGGAACCGGCCCAUAUGCAGCGUGCCAGGGGCCAAGAUGGACCUGGUGGAGCGAGUGUCCCAUGACUACAACUGGACCUUUAGCCACACGGGCCGCGUGGUGAAAGACGUGAUCAACAUGGGCUCGUAUAAUUACCUGGGCUUUGCUGAGAAAACAGGCUCGUGUGCUGACGCUGCUGCAGAAGUCACUCUGAAACAUGGUGUCGGUGUGAGCAGCACCAGGCAGGAGAUGGGUAACCUGGACAGACACGAGGAGUUGGAGAAUCUGAUAGCGAGGUUCCUGGGCGUGGAGUCGGCCAUGGCGUUCGGGAUGGGCUUCGCAACCAACUCCAUGAACAUUCCAGCACUGACUGGCAAGGGGUGUUUGAUUCUGAGCGACGAGCUGAACCACGCCUCUCUCGUUUUGGGAGCGCGCUUAUCUGGCUCCACCAUCCGGGUUUUCAAGCACAACAACAUGCAAAGCCUGGAGAAGCUGCUCAGAGACGCUGUAGUGCACGGCCAGCCCAGAACCCACCGACCCUGGAAGAAGAUCCUCAUACUGGUGGAGGGGAUCUAUAGCAUGGAGGGCUCCAUCGUGCGUCUGCCCGAAAUCAUCGCCCUGAAGAAAAAGUAUAAAGCCUACCUGUACCUGGACGAGGCUCACAGCAUCGGCGCUCUGGGACCCCGGGGUAGAGGCGUGGUCGACUACUUCAACCUGGACCCCACAGACGUAGACAUCAUGAUGGGGACGUUCACCAAGAGCUUCGGCGCAGCCGGGGGUUACAUCGGCGGAAAGAAGGAGCUGAUAGCUUACCUGCGCUCACAUUCUCACAGUGCCGUGUACGCCACCUCCAUGUCGCCUCCCAUUGUGGAGCAAAUUUUCACUUCUAUGAAGUGCAUCAUGGGAGAGGACGGGACCACGAUAGGCAGUGAUCGCAUCCAGCGGCUGGCGGAAAACACAAACUACUUCCGCAAGAGGCUGAGAGAGAUGGGCUUCAUAAUCUACGGCAACUACGAUUCACCUGUAGUCCCUAUGAUGCUCUACUUGCCCGCCAAAAUCGGGGCGUUUGGUCGGGAGAUGCUGAAGAGGAACAUAGGUGUGGUCGUCGUGGGCUUCCCUGCCACACCCAUCAUCGAGUCCAGGGCUCGCUUCUGCCUGUCUGCGGCUCACACCAAAGAAAUGCUGGACACGGCCCUGAGUGCGAUCAGCGAGGUGGGAGACCUGCUGCAGGUGAAAUACUCGUGGCACAAAAUCCUCCGCUCUCUCGACCGGCCCUACGACGAGACUACAUACGAGGAGUGUGAAGACUGAACACCUUCCAGCCUCGAGGGGAAACAUGCACUGCUCUCUGUCCAUCCACACCAUUCACUGAAUCACUUAAUACACCUCUCUCUCUCUCUCUCUCUCUCUCUCUCUCUCUCUUUUUUUAUGUCAUCAUGUUUUUGUUAAGCACGUCAAGCUCAUGUUACUCUACUUUUUCUUUUCUUUUUUCUACGUUUUUUUACUUCCUUCGUUCUUUCUCUGUUGGUCCUCAUCUCAUCUUUGACAUUCAGGACCUUGUCCUUAAUUCAUUGUGGCAUUUAUUAGGAAAAACAGCUUCAGUUCCAUGCUGCCAACCACAAGAUGCUUUGGAUUGCUUAUUGUGCUCGCUAAAGCCAUAUGUAACUGUAACCCUCACGCCGCUCUUUCGCGCGUACAAAGCAUCUUUUUGAAUAAGUGGGACCAGACUGGCAGCAGGAACAAAUGAUCAGUCCCAGAGAUGCUGGUUUGUUAAAGCACCUCUUUCUCUCUCUCUCUCUCUCUCUCUCUCUCUCUCUCUCUCUCUCUCUCUCUCUCUCUCUCUCCCCCCCUUUCUCUCUUUCUCUCUCUUUUUCUCUCCCCCUUUCUCUCUCUCUCUCCCCCUUUCUCUCUCUCUCUCCCCCCUUUCUCUCUCUCUCUCCCCCCUUUCUCUCUCUCUCUCUCUCCCCCUUUCUCUCUCUCUAUCUCUCGCUCUCUCCCUUUCUCUCUCUCUCGCUCUCUCUCUCUCGCUCUCUCUCACGUUGCCCUUUUUUUUCUCUCAUCUGGUGUUUCUCAUUCUUCUAGCAUUUAGAAAGUUGCCUUUAUUUCUUUCUUUCUUUUUUUUUUCCUCCCUCCUAAGAUAUCAAUCACAACGCCGACGUCGGCGUUUUUCCGUGAAAGAAAAAAAAAAAAAGCUCGGCUUUCGCACACGUAUCAAACCUCCGUUUCUGAGCAUUCAAACUUCGAGCUAUUUGCACUAGGAUUAAAAUAAUGUCCAGAGACGUCUGUCCGUCCGUCCGUCUGUGUCGGAUUCUAACCCCAAAGAAACACGACAGGUUUGAAUACAACAACAAAUAGUUAAAGUGACACCAUUAUAUCAUGAACUACCAAAAAAGUCUUAAUUUAAGUCGCGUCUUUAUCCGUGCCCUUGGUCUUAAACCCUGCUUCAUGUGUUUUUUGUGUCCCAUGAUUCUCUGCUAUGUGCAUAUUUGUACAUAUUUAUUUAUUACGUAUAAUAUCUUCUUCUCUUUGUUAUUUCACUAAAACACGUUACUUUUUUUUUUCAUCUCUGGCAGCUCCAGAAACAUCCUCGAAAAGGGUCCACAGUGUGCACGCUCUCAGUGCGAAUACUACUGAACAGAAUCCUUCAUCCGUAACCUCUCCAAAUGUUGUUGUUUUUUUUUUUCUUUCUUUCUUUUUUUUUUUUUUUUGUCUAAUUAUAAAAAGGUAUUGAAGCGAACACACUGUGGCUUCCGUGCCUCGUCCUGUACUUAUUCAUUCCAUUCGCUCUUUAGCGCUUUCGCUGUUCGUUAACGCGUUUUUUUUUUCCCCUCGUCUUUAAAUUCGAUUCGUUUAAAAGAACUAGCGUUAAUGUUGGGAGAUUAUUAGAUGUUAGUUAGAUGGCUUUGUUUUCUUGUUUGUCCUUUAAAUGAACUAAAAAACAAAAAAAAAAGAAAAAGAAAAAGACCCACUGUAAAACACGAGAGGUUAAAAGAGUUAAAUAACUUGUAUAAAUCUAAAAACACAUUACAUAAUAAAAUAAAGAAUCUUGUUUAAGAAAAA